AUAGGUUUUUCUGCUCUAUAUUUAUUUAUUUAUUUAUUUAUUCUUCAAUAAAUCAUUUUCCUGCAAAGCUACCUUUCCCGCCGUCCCUUCCUGAAACCCGAGGAUCCCAUUUCUUCCCCUUACCCCAUCUCCGCCGGCAUCCCCACAGCCGCUCACCGCUCUCUCUUUGCUUCCUAUCCAUUUUCCCUCCACCAACCAAUCGAAAUUUCACGACUUGUUCAGUUUUGAGUCAAUCAUUCAAUCAGCGCCUUUUCAGUUCACCCGGAACCCUAAACCCAGUUUCUCCGGUGAGUGGACUUCAAAUUCCAGACCAAUUUGUUUGCAAAGGUCUUAUCUUUUUCUCUUCCGGCGUAUUGGGCUGGCGAUUCCAACUGGAAAUUCAUCUUCCCCGGCUUCGGAAUUUGUGCUUAAAUGGAAAAUGAAGCAACCGCUGCCCUGAUCGUGAUACCCAAGCUCCAGAAGCUAUCGGAUGCUGCAGAGGAAGAAGAAGAAAGGGGAGAGAGGGGAGGGAUCGAAUUGAAGAGCUUGAGAUUAUGCCUCAAGUUGUUGUGCGUGGAGGAUCAAUCCAAACUCUGGACGGCGUGUCUGUCGUGGUCGGUGUUCUUCCUUCUCGCCAUUGUCAACCCGAUCGUCUCCCACUUUCUCCUUCUAUGCGCUGAUUGUGAUCAAGAGCAUCAGCGGCCUUACGACUCCGUGGUGCAGCUGUCACUAUCUGUUUGUGCUAUCAUUUCUUUCCUCUGCCUGUCUUAUUGGUCUCGCAAGUAUGGGUUCCGGAAGUUUCUGUUUCUGGACAAGUUGGAUGAUGAGAGCCCCCGGAUUCGGCGAGGAUACCAGCAGCAGCUCAAGAGAUCAAUGAGGCUUCUCUGCACAUUUGUGCUGCCAUGUUUUGCGGUUGAGAGCGCGUACAGAAUAUGGUGGUAUGCUACAGGAGCCUUCGAGAUACCCUAUCUGGAGAAUGUGUACUUGAGCGACAUAGUCAUUUGUACAUUGCAACUGGCCAGCUGGGUUUACCGCAUCUCGAUUUUCAUCCUGGUCUGCAUUCUAUACCGGGUCAUUUGCCAUCUCCAGAUACUCAGACUGGAGGAGUUCGCCGACUUCUUUCAGACUGAGAGUGAGGUUGGCUCGAUCUUGAAAGAGCACCUCAGGAUCAGAAGGAACCUGAGGAUUAUCAGCCAUCGGUUCAGAAGGUUCAUUCUCUUGUCUCUGCUGUUGGUCACCGCUAGUCAGCUGAUGUCAUUGCUUGUCACUACUCGGUCCUCUGCUACUAACAACAUCUACGAGGCUGGAGAACUAGCGCUCUGUUCUAUUAAUCUGGUGAUAGGGCUAUUCAUAUGCUUGCGAAGUGCUACGAAGAUCACCCACAAAGCACAGGCCAUAACUAGCCUCGCCGCCAAGUGGCACGUCUGCGCUACUAUCAACUCAUCAUACGAUCCAAACGUGGCGGAUGGCAAUACUCCAACCAGCCAUCGGGUAUUUUAUCCCAGCUGUGGUCAGGUGCACCCCAUCAAUAUUGACUGGGUUUUGGAUGAAGAUGGAGAUGAUAAAGAAGAAGAAGAUGAUGAUGACAACUCUGACAGCUCCAACAUGGUGCCGAUUUUUGCACAUACAAUCUCUUUUCAAAAGAGACAAGCUCUAGUGACUUAUCUAGAGAACAACAAGGCAGGAAUGACGGUAUUUGGGUUCAUGAUGGAUAGAUCAUGGCUUCACACCAUAUUUGGAGUUGAAUUAGCCCUCCUCCUGUGGUUGCUUAAUAAGACAAUAGAAUUCAAAGAGUAUAUGAAACAGAAACUUGUACUACUUGUUCUGCUGAUCUCAACGAGUUCUAAUGAAAUCAAUCACUUAUCCGGAAAAGCAAACAUCUUCGUGUACUAUCUCGAUGAGUUGGACUUGAAAGAAGCAGUCAAAGCAGGUGGACGCUUGAGUGCUAGCUUGCACAUCAUGAGAGAACUUGCAGACUGACGAUGCUGCAAAUCAAAGACGCCAAGGCUGUUCCAUGCUUAUUGUCGUUUGCUGUUUCCUGUAACUGUUAGUGUACAGUGUAUAGCUUUUACGCAUCGAUAUAAUCCAGACCCAUGUAUGAUUGUAUAUCUGCACGUAUUUUACUUAGCUGAGUAACAGCUAAUAUAAAUUUUGUACGGCUUGAGGCAAAACAGCGUGUAUGUAUUUUGGUGUAUGCAGAAGUAAUGAAGUAUUGUAUAUUCUUACAGAUAUGCCAUCUCGUUCCAUUUGGAGUCGCAUAUAAAGAUUGGGAUGUUUAUUAUUGGGUACGUGGUUUUUGCAUCUCAAAAUUUUAUUUAUCUCUUUAGUAUGAUCGAUUCUGACAUUUUGAAGUGGCAAUGUGGCAUUUGAUAAU